GUGGGUUAUUCCCGCAGUGCGGAUGCAACCCUUGUGUAAUAUUAGCCAAGGGGGGAGGAUUUGCUGCGAGGAGGCGCCUGGGCCUCCUUCCUGCUCGCUCGGUUCUCCUCGCUGAGGUAAAUGGAGAGAGAGAGGAGGAGGCCUUUCUGCCACUGAAACUGCCUGGAGGCGGAGAAGAAGAUGUCUCUCACCUUGGGAAGUGAAGACUUCUUUCUGGAGGAGAAUAAAUUCAAACAGGAUUGUGCAGAAUUUAUCAAAAUCUCACAACAAAUGGGAGACAACUGGCAGUGGAGAAAUGUAAAGGACGGCACUGAUGGUUACAUGACUAAAACACACUUUCAGCUGAAAGGUGGUGACGUUUCUUCAAACACAGGGGGAAUGGUGAAUGAUGAAGUAAUAUCUUCACAUAUUGAAACAAUGAAUACAAGAAGAAAUGCAAUUGGGGGCUCUAACCAACCAGGAAACACGAGGAGAACAUCAGUUGAAUCGAUACCAAAACUCUCAGAUCAUAAUGACGCGUUGAUUGAAGAAAUGAGAAGACUCCAACAGGAGACAAGCAAAGAGAUACAAGCUUCUAGAGAUGAAGUGAAAUCGGAAUUAAAGGCUGAAAUAAGACAAAUAAGUGCAAGACUGGACCAAAUUGAGAAUGAAUUUAGUAAAAUGAAUGGAAAGAUUAAAAAUUUAAAGACAGAAGUACAGACAAUAGGAGAAAAAGUGGAUCAAGUGGAGAGAGAACGAGAAGACGAUCAAGACACGAUUUUAAGAAUUUUGGUCAAGCAAAGAGAGAACUGUUUGAAACUGAGAGGCCUAAAGGAGAAUCCUAAUGAGAACCUGUAUACCUUGUUAUGCCCAAUUCUAGCCAACUAUGUUAACGAACCGGAGGAGCAAUUUCCAUGGGAAAUUGACCGGGCCUAUAGAAUCAGUUCCAGAAUUGCCAAAUUAAAGAGUUUACCGAGGGACGUGGUCGUAUACAUUGUGAGAAAACAGAUGAGAGAUUUAGUCCUUAAUCAAAGCUACGUGUCAAAGCUGACGAUUGAGGAUCAAGAGGUAACCAUCUUGAAAGAUGUACCUAGUAAAAUUCUGAGAAGAUGCAGGGACUACAAGUGUUUGACUGAUGUUCUCAACCAACAGAAGAUCCCUCUUAGAUGGGAUGAAAUUGAGGGUCUCACGGUCACAUGGAACCAGAAGAAAAUAAGGUUAAAUUCCGUCAAGAAGGCGAAGCUCUUCCUAAGAGGUCUGAAGAGUAAAUUAGAAGGGAAAGAGGAGGGAAGCGAAGUGGACAGGGGGGGGAGGAACUGACUAGUAUUUUUAAAAUUUGUUUAAGGGAGGCGACAACCCAAUUAAAUUUGUUCUUCUUUUUUUUAUCUCUCGAAGGAAAUUUGAUAUUAUUCCUCCUACCUCAGUGAGUUUAAUAAAAUUUGAAUUCUCUUUCCUUAUCGGCAUUUGUGUAAAAUCAUCUGUAAUCUUUCCUACCUCAUUUAGCCAAAGUGACAAAUUUCCUUAAAGAUGAAAAUAUUAUCCUUAAACGUAAAAGGUCUGAACUCCCCUCAGAAAAGGAAAAAAGUCUUUCUUUUUCUAGAAAGGCAGAAGGCUGACGUUAUUUGCCUGCAAGAAUCACGUAUCAAAUCAAGAGAUGUAAGAUUAAUAAAAAAUUUGAAAAUUGGUAAAGAAUUUAUCUCAGCCUUUGAAAAGAGUAAGAGAGGAGUAAUUUUAUACAUUAAGGAUAACAUUGAAUCUAAAUUAUUAUUUGCAGACCCAAAUGGCUAUUAUGUAGGGGUGGAAUCUACCUGGCAGGGUAAAAAAAUAUUGAUUGUAGGGAUUUAUAGCCCCCAGGAAAGAAAAGGACCUUUUUACGCGAAGUUACAUAGAAAAAUCUUGAAUUAUGAAUAUGACAACAUUGUCAUGGUAGGUGACUUUAAUGGUGUAAUUGACCCCAUUGCUGAUAGAAAAUCUGAAAAAAAUAUAAAGCAGAAUCAAGGUAGACUCCCCCCAAAAUUUUUUUAAUUGGUGGAAGAUCUCUCAAUGAGGACUUGUAGCGACAUUUGCACAAUAAUGAGAGAAGCUUCACAUUCUAUUCAGAUAGGCAUGAAUCGCUGGCAAGGAUUGACAUGUGCUUUGUCUCAAAUAAUAUGAUUCAUGAAGCUAUAAGCAUGGAAACCCUCAAUAGAACCAUUUCUGAUCAUAAUCCCUUGGUGAUUACCUUUAAAGAAACAAUGAGAACUAGAAAUUGGUUCCUCAACGAAGAACUGUUGAAAGAUAAACUGAUUGUGGAAAAGGGUAAAGAAUGGUUAAAGUUCUUCUUUGAGGAAAACUUGAACGGAGAGGUUGGGGCCAGUGUGGUCUGGGAUGCCUGUAAGGCCUCUAUGAGGAGUUUCUUUACACAACAGAACAUAAUAUGGUGGAAGCAAAAGAGAAACUUAAGAGAUAAGCUAAACAACACGCUGAGGGAAAAGGAGGAGGAAUUAAAGAAACAUCCAAAAAAUAAACUUAUCCGAAAAGAUAUUAAAGUACUACAGAAACAAAUAGACUUAGAGAUGACCUCUUAAUUGGAAAAAAGGCUAAAAUCAGCAAAACAAAGAAAUUUCGAGCAAGCAAAUAAAACGGGCAAAUGGCUCGCGUUUCAGCUAAGACGAAUUAAAGAAAAGAAAAUAAUCAACAAAAUUAAAAAGGAUGAAGUAUUACUUACCAAACAGGAAGACAUCAAAGAGGAAUUUCAAAACUUCUACAAAAACCUGUAUAAAGAGAAAAUAGUAGAAUUAGAUAAAAUUGAAAAAUACUUGGACAUCACAAACCCCCAAGUUAUCACAGAGAAAUGGAAACAAGAAUUAAACAGAUCUAUCUCUAAAAAGGAGGUAUGGGAGGCAAUUAGCGAUACGAGAAGUGGAAAGGCGCCAGGCAACGACGGCCUCCCAAUCUCCUUUUACAAGAUAUUCAGAGAAGAACUUGUCUCUCCCCUCCAGCAAGUCAUGAAUGCGGCACUAGAAGAAGACUUACCAAGCUCUUGGAAAGAAGCGGACAUUUCUGUGAUUUUAAAAGAAGGCAAAGACCCAGAAUGUCCCAGCAAUUAUAGACCGAUAUCACUACUUAAUAAUGAUUACAAGCUACUGGCCACCAUUUUAUCUAAGAGACUAAAAAACUGUCUGGCAGAGACAAUAGGGGAAGAACAAAGAGGAUUUUUACCAGGUAGACAAAUCAGAGAAAAUACAAGAUUGAUAAUUGAUAUAAUUGAAUAUUAUGAGAAACAUAACAAAAAAAAGAUGGGUUUACUCUUCUUAGACUUUGAAAAAGCUUUCGAUUCAGUUAAUUGGGAUUUUUUAUUGGCAAUAUUAAAGAGAAUCGAAAUUGGCUCAAAUUUUCUAAACUGGGUUUCAAAAAUUUAUAGUAAUCAAACUGCACAGAUCCGAAUUAACAGAGAGAAAACAAAUAAAAUUAAAAUUAAAAGGGGUACUCGACAGGGCUGUCCUCUUUCUCCCCUUUUGUUUCUGCUAACAAUAGAAUUACUAAUUAAACGAGUCAGAGAGAAACCAGACAUUCAAGGUGUCAAAUUAAAGAACUCAAAAAUCAAAAUAAGAGCCUUUGCAGACGAUGUGGCCAUUAUUAUUGAAGACCUGCUAAAUAAUGCUACAAAAAUGAUAGAAACUAUUGAAGAAUUUGGCAGGUUAUCAGGAUGGGUACUAAAUAAGAAGAAAUCGAACAUAUUGACAAAAAAUAUUACUAAGGAGGAAGAAACUACCCUGGGUAAAUUAAUGGGAAUCAAUGUGACAAACAAAGUCAAAUACUUAGUAAUAAACAUUACAAAGAAAUCCAAUGAACUAUUCGAAAAUAAUUAUACAAAAGUUUGGAAAGAGAUAAAAAAAGAUUUGAUCAAGUGGAACAAACUAAACAUCUCUUUAUUAGGCAGAAUAGCGACAAUUAAAAUGAACAUCCUGCCGAGAAUGUUGUAUCUUUUUCAAACACUCCCCAUCAUUGUAUCAAGGAAAAUUUUCAGAAAUUGGAAUAAAGAUAUCUCGGACUUUAUUUGGAGGGGGAGAAAGCCAAGAAUCAAAAUUAAAAACAUACAAGACAGUAACGAAAGAGGGGGACUAGGUCUACCACCUCUAAAUUUAUAUUAUGAAGCAUGCAGUUUGGUGUGGGUAAAGGAAUGGAUAACGUUGGAAAAUAAAAUACUACUAGACGUGGAGGGAGAUGAUUUGAAUACGGGAUGGCACAACUACCUGGUGUACAGAAACAACUCCCAAAACAAAUCCUUUAUGAAUUAUGCACUUAGACGCCCCCCUCUUUGAAAUUUGGAAGAAAUAUAAGAGGUAUAUAUUACCAAAAAUUUGUGGAUGGGUCUCUCCACAUGAAGCUAUCUGUAGAAAAGAGUCCAGCUCAGGAACUAACUGGCUUAAAUAUGAGGACCUUUGGGUCAAAACAGGAGGUAAAAUAAUUCUAAAAGCAAGAGAAGAUUUAAUUAAAGAAAGAGAGGGAUAAAAUAUUAAUUGGUUUACAUAUAGGCAAAUUCAUGAGAGAUUUAAGAUGGAUGAGAAAACAUAUGGAUUUGAACUUGACAUUAAAAAAGUAGAAUUGAGUAAAAUUUUGUAUUUGGAUAAUGUUAAGUUAAUUGGGAAAAUCUAUGCAUUAUUGCUAUCUCUAGAUAUGGAGGAGGAAACGGUCAAAGAUCAAAUGAUAAAGUGGGCCACAUGUGUUGGCUACCCAAUUAUGUUAAACCAGUGGGAAAAGGCUUGGAAAGAUAUAAAGAAGCUAACCUCCUCCCAAAACAUCAGAGAAAACUUUUACAAAAUGAUGUACUUUUGGUAUUUAUCACCCUACAAAAUGGCCUUGAUCUACAAAACCAAGAAGGAGAGAUGUUGGAAAUGUAAAAAGAAAAAGGGGACCUUUUUUCAUGCAUGGUGGGAAUGUAGUAAAGCGAAAAUAUUUUGGAGGGAAAUAAAUAACUCAAUCAAUUAUAUAAUGGGAACAAAUUUGGAGCCCAAACCAGAGUUAUACUUAUUGGGAAUGACAGAUGAAAAACUAAGUAAAGAGGAUGAGAGAGCAGUAUUUUAUAUGAUCUCUUUAGCAAGAAUUUGUUAUGCUCAAGAAUGGAAAUGUGAAACAAUCCCAACUAUUGAUGAUUGGCUAAUAAAAUUAUACGAAGGAAUGGGAAUGGAUAUCCUGACUCAAGGUUUGAACGACGAGUAUAGUGAAAAACCGUUAGAUCAUUGGAAAAAGGUAAUAACUUUUUUCGGAAAAGAAUGGGGUAGAGAUGCAAUUAUAAGUCUAAGAUAAAACCAUAUUUAUGAAAUUACAGUAUAAUUUGGAAUUUAAUCUUCCUGUCAAACUUCUCCUUUGCAGUGGUACGGGAUAAGAACAGGAUUGCUUUGCUUUUAUCAUCUUUGUAAAUAAAUACUCAUAUAGAGGUUAGAGGGGG